AUGCCUUCACAUGUUGCACUUCUCAUUGCCAUCACCUUUGUGAAAAAUGGUCGCCUUUGUUCAUACGGUCUUGCUAAAUAUAAGAUCUCAAAUGAAACCUCUCAAAUAAUUAGAUGGAAGUAUUUCUUUCUCACGAAUGAACAACCUCAGCUAUUUACAUCUGGUGACCUCGUAUUUAUUUCAGGCAAAUAUGUGGUUGAAAACUCUGAACAAUGUGUCACCAUUACGUAUGCAAGUAUUAUUGAUACCGGAAAUCCUAACCAUGAAUUUGAUGUCAGUGAUGUUCCUAUAUGCCUCCCUCAUUGCAUGUUCUCUGUAACCGCUAACCGUAAACCAAAAGAAAUUGAAGAAUAUAUCCAUUUCGGCGUAGAAAGUAUCGAAUAUAACUCUGUCACUGGUACCCCUGAUAUUAAAAUGCAGAUGAUAGUUUUUUAUUCUUCUCGGGCUACUAGGUUUCAAAAAUAUCUAGGUACUUCAGGAUCGAAUAUCAAACUAGGUAAUACUUAUUUUGUAUCAGGUCUUUUUAAGUUCUCGACAUCCGGUCAGAUGAUUAUCGAGGCAACCGAUAUCGACUAUUUAAAGACUACAAAUUUAAGUUACAACCCUUUCGAAAAUUUAUUCUCAAUAAAUUCUGGACCGCGAUCUAUUAUUGAUAUUGUUGCUGAUGAUGUUGAAUCGAACACUGCUGAAUUCUCUGCUUCUUCAGUUAAACUUAAUAGUAUUAACGCUUCUAAGUCGUCAGAGACUUGUGCCAGUGCCAGUACCGAAGCUAGCUCCCCCCAUGAAAGAAAAAAGUCCCGUUAUCAACCAGACUACGUUGAUCUGGAUGCUCAAGAUGACGAAAAAGACAAACAACCUGAAUUUGAAGACGAUGAUGAGUUGGACAAUGAUGUUCAAAUUAAUGAAGAACAAGAAGAAAAUUUACAACCUAGGAAACGAAAAAGGAGUAUUAGAAUAAAUGCGAAAGGAAAAAAAAAAAUCACUGAAAAAAGAUAA